UGCUCUGAUGUCAGUCAGAAUGGCUCCUCCUCUUCCUCUGAUCUUUCUGCUCAUGAUUCACGGGGUUUCUAGUGCUGAUUGGGGUGUGAGUUACAGUCCUUCACACAUCUGUGCACUAAAGGACUCAUCAGUGAUAAUGAGCUGCACUUAUAAAUACCCUACUGGAUAUCAGAUCAAGAACAUGUUCUGGACCAAAGGGCCAUUACAGGAAGGUGUAGAACCUCCAGAUCUGUCUGAGGACCCUGAAUAUAGUCAGAGGCUUCAGUAUCUGGGAGAUAAACAGCAGAACUGCACCAUCAGACUGAGUCAUGUGACACUGAAGGAUUCACACAAGUACUAUUUCAGAUUCACCACUGAUAAAGACAAAUGGAUUGGUAAACCAGGAGUGACUUUUACUGUCACAGAUCUUCAGGUGGAGUCUCCUGAGAGAGUGACAGAGGGAGAUUCAGUCCGUCUGACAUGUAAAAGCAGCUGCACUCUGACUGACAGAGCAACAUUCAUCUGGUACAGAAACUCACAGCUAGUAACUGAGAGAAGAGACAGAAACAAUGAACUCCUGCUGCAGUCAGUCAGAAGAGAGGAUGCAGGCAGAUAUAGCUGUGCUGUACACGGACACAAUCACACCUCUCCUGCUGUUGAGCUCAAUGUCAUGUAUCCUCCAAAGAGCGUCUCAGUGUCUAUCAGUCCAUCUGGUGAAAUAGUGUCGGGAGAUUCAGUGACUCUGAUCUGCAGCAGUGAUUCAAACCCUCCUGCAGAAAUCAGCUGGUUUAAAGGAGGAACGUUUGUAGGAUCUGGAAGAAUCUACAGCAUCUCAAAGAUCAGCUCUGAUGACAGUGGAGAAUACAAGUGUAGAUCCAGAAAUCAACAUGGAGAGAAAUACUCUGAUGCUGUGACUUUAAACGUCAUGUAUCCUCCCAGGAGCGUUUCAGUAUUGAUAAAUGGAUCUGGUGAAAUAGUGUCAGGAGAUUCAGUGACUCUGAUCUGCAGCAGUGAUUCAAACCCUCCUGCUCUGAACUUCAGCUGGUUUAAGGAGAAUGAAAGCUCAGCUGUUGGAUCUGGACAGAGUUUCAGUGCACUACAGAGUGGACGCUUCUACUGUCAGGCUCACAAUCAACAUGGAUCUCAGAGAUCAGACGCUGUAACUGUGACUGUUAAAGAUGCACCAAAGAGCGUCUCAGUGUCCAUCAGUCCAUCUGGUGAAAUAGUGUCAGGAGAUUCAGUGACUCUGAUCUGCAGCAGUGAUUCAAACCCUCCUGCUCUGAACUUCAGCUGGUUUAAAGGAGGAACGUUUGUAGGAUCUGGAAGAAUCUACAAAAUCUCAAAGAUCAGCUCUGAUGACAGUGGAGAAUACAAGUGCAGAUCCAUCAAUGAACAUGGAGAGAAAUACUCUGAUGCUGUAACUUUAAAUGUCAUGUAUCCUCCCAGGAACGUCUCAGUGUUGAUAAAUGGAUCUGGUGAAAUAGUGUCAGGAGAUUCAGUGACUCUGAUCUGCAGCAGUGAUUCAAACCCUCCUGCUCUGAACUUCAGCUGGUUUAAGGAGAAUGAAAACUCAGCUGUUGGAUCUGGACAGAGUUUCAGUGCACUACAGAGUGGACGCUUUUACUGUCAGGCUCACAAUCAACAUGGAUCUCAGAGAUCAGAUGCUGUAACUGUGACUGUUAAAGAACGUCUGGUGAUAUUGUACAUGUCCAUUGGAGUGGUUUGUGGAGCUGCAGUUGUCCUUACGAUGUUGCUCGUUUGGAGAAGCAGGAUAAAAAAGAGAAAUGACACACUGGAGUCUCAGGUGAAAAAAAUGAGUUUGGUUAUGAUGAAUCAGUCCAGACCUCAUCCUGACAGAAGUCAAGCUUCUGAUGUUGAGUCGAAUGAACCUGUUUAUGAAAAUAUAACGAUGAAUCGUUCCAGACCUCAUCAUACAAGACGUCAAGCUUCUGAUGUUGAGUUGACCGAACCUGUUUAUGAAAAUUUAACAUAUGUGAUGAAGGAGCCAUAGUGUUUUGGACAAAUGGCAAAUUAUUUUACAGCUUUGAUCUGUCUCUCUGUGGGUGGAGCUCUGAAUGAUUGACAGGAGUGUCAUGAGUCACAUUUAUUUGUUUAGCAGAUGGUUUUAUCCAAAGUGACUUACAAAUGAUGAACAUAAUUUAACAGUAUUUACUACUGCACAAUGUCAAGUUUAAAGUACAAGAUAGAUCAGUGCUGGAGCUUAAGUGAAAUGCAGUAUAAAUAUUGUCAGUAUAAAUAAGUCUGUCCCAGUGAAGAUGUCAUACUUUGCGUGUUCUUUGCACCACCUGCUGGUGACUACAAGCCAAUGCAAUAUUUUUUUCUUUUCUUUAAUUAAUGAAAGUGGA